AUGACAACUCAAAGCAUAACUAGAAUUACCAGGAUGCCUAAGGAAAGUAUUUUCUUGGAAGAAAAAUGUACAUCUAAACCAAUUCUUAAAUCAUCAAACUUGAAGAUAUGUAUUGAAACAGACGAUGAUAGAAGCUUGAAAGCAUAUCCACACAUGACAUUGUGGAUAAAGAACAUGAAAAUGUGUGCAAAAGAAAGCUUUGGUAGAUUAAUAGAGAAAUUGAACUCCUCUCACAGUCUCCCUGGAUAUGAUGCAUGUUUGCUGGUGGAACAUGCUGGAUUGAAAACAAUGAUGGAUUUAAGCUUCUCACAUAACUAUCCAAAAGUUGGAUUUCCGUGUGAGAAUCUUGGCCAAGUUGUAGCUCAUUUGACCACUAUAGGCUUUACUAUGUCUGAAAAUUUAAAGGAGAUGGUUCCUAGGAAGGGGAUGAAUGAAGCUUCUGUUAUCUAUUUUUAUCGCAUCAAAUAA